AUGUUUCCUAUUAUAGCAAGACUGACAAGAUCUGCGGCGAUGACCGUGAGACCCGUGAGCACCACAGGAUUUUUGAGAGCGUCUAGCAUAACGAAAAGACUGUAUCAUCCUAAGGUCAUAGAACACUACACACAUCCCAGAAACGUGGGCUCAUUAGAUAAAAAAUUGCCUAACGUCGGCACAGGCUUGGUGGGUGCGCCAGCGUGCGGUGAUGUGAUGAGGCUACAGAUCAAGGUGGACGACUCCACCGGCGUUAUCGAAGACGUCAAGUUCAAAACCUUUGGCUGCGGCUCCGCCAUUGCCUCCUCUUCAUACAUGACCGAACUAGUACAGGGGAUGACCCUGGACGAUGCUGCAAAGAUAAAGAACACUGAGAUCGCUAAGGAGUUGAGCUUGCCCCCUGUCAAGCUGCACUGCUCCAUGUUGGCAGAAGACGCGAUCAAAGCAGCCAUCAAGGAUUACAAGUCAAAGAGAAACACUCCAACCAUGCUGUCGUAG